AUGGAUCCAACUAAGGCACCAGAUUUCAAGCCACCUUCCCCUAAUGAACAGCUGAAUCCUCCCCCAGAUCCCACAUCCACGAUACCGAAGUCAGGGCCAAUUGUGCCGUACGUUUUGGCGGAUUACAACUCCUCUAUUGAUGCACCGUUCAAUCUGAACACGACCCAUAAGAAGAAUAGCAAGUUGAGGACAGGUAAUACACACCACCACAUCCCGCUAAACGUGGACAGUUUCCAACCGUUAUCCGCAGACAUUUCGUCAGCAUCGUCGCUCUCUUCCCUAUCGGGGAAUGAUGAAUCCGACAGGUAUGACGAGAAUGGUAAUGAAAGAAAUGAAUGUAAUGAACUUAAAGACAACGACGAAAGAUCGACUAUUGGCCAAAAUGAUGACUCUUUCGGUGCGUUACCGUCUACCUCGUCAACUCUCAGACGUAAAGAGCUAGAUAUAUUGAUCAAUGUAGGAGUGAAAAAGAACCAAAUAGCAGAUCUAGAAGAGGUGCCCCACGGUAUCGUUAGACAAGCAAGAAAAUUUGAGAGCUACGAAUUUCCAACUCAUCGACUGGCGAAAAGACUGUCCGAUCCAAACAAAUUACCUUUGGUGAUCGUUGCGUGUGGUUCGUUUUCUCCCAUCACAUACCUCCACCUCAGAAUGUUUGAGAUGGCCUUAGAUGAUAUUAAUGAACAAACUAGAUUUGAAGUGGUUGGAGGGUACUACUCUCCAGUGAAUGACACCUAUCAGAAACCGGGCUUGGCCCCAUCAUACCAUAGGGUGAGGAUGUGUGAGCUCGCGUGUGAAAGAACGUCCUCCUGGCUAAUGGUCGACGCUUGGGAAUCACUCCAACCAUCUUAUACUAGGACUGCCAAAGUCCUAGAUCAUUUCAAUCACGAAAUUAACGUCAAAAGAGGCGGUAUUUCGAACUUGAACGGCGAGAAAAUGGGUGUGAAGAUUAUGCUGCUUGCCGGUGGCGAUCUGAUAGAGUCGAUGGGUGAACCCAACGUGUGGGCAGACGCAGAUUUACAUCACAUUUUAGGGAACUACGGCUGUUUGAUCGUGGAACGGACCGGCUCUGAUGUUCGUUCCUUUUUACUUUCUCAUGAUAUCAUGUAUGAACACAGAAGGAAUGUUUUAGUAAUCAAGCAAUUGAUCUAUAACGAUAUUUCAUCCACAAAGGUCCGUCUAUUCAUCAGACGUGGGAUGUCUGUUCAAUACCUAUUGCCAAACUCUGUUAUCAGGUAUCUCCAGGAACAUAGAUUGUAUGUCAACCAAAGUGAACCAGUGAAACAGGUAUUGAGUGGCAAUGAAUGA